CGCCGAUUAUCUGUUGCUAUUUCCGUGUCCGGUCGGCCAUUUUCCUCCGGCAGUGUAAGGCGAAGUACCUAAAAAUGGCUGGCCGACGAGUUACAUUGAAGGCUAUUGACUGGAUGGCAUUUGCAGAGAGGGUGCCUCCCAACCAGAAGGCAAUGUUCAAUGCAUUAAAAACUCGCAGUGAUUCCAUCGCAGCCAGGUUAGCCUCUCUCCCAGAAAAACCUGCAGUCAUUGAUUGGAAUUACUACAGAACUGCUGUUGCUAAGGCGGGAUUGGUCGAUGAGUUUGAAAAGAAGUUUUCUAGCAUAAAAGUUCCUGAGCCUGCUGAUACAAUGUCAUCAAAAAUUGAUGCACAGGAAAAGGAGGCGAAUCAGAGUGCACUUAGUUAUAUUGAGACAUCAAAGAGUCGUGUUGCUCAAUAUGAGAAAGAGCUGGAGAAAUUGAGAAAUAUUAUUCCAUUUGAUCAGAUGACAAUUGAUGACUUGAAUGAAGCUUUCCCUGAAACCAAACUAGACGAAAAGAAGUAUCCCUACUGGCCACACAAGCCCAUCUCAGAACUGUAAAUGUCUGCUGCAAGAAAACAGUGUCAUCCCCAAGAUUCUGUCUUUAUUUUAAAUAAAUUUCUUGUACAGUGACUAUCCAA